ACAAUCCUGAAAUCGACAAGUUCGCUCCUUUGGUACAGAAGACAGACCGACGGACAGACCCAUCCCACCUCGCGAUGAAGUCUUUGAGUACAUUAUAUUCCGUGGCAGCGACAUUAAAGACCUGACUGUUUGUGAGCCACCGAAACCUCAGUGCUCCUUGCCACAGGACCCUGCUAUUGUUCAGUCUUCACUAGGAUCUUCGACUACAUCUUCAUUCCAGUCUGUGGGGUCCUAUGGUCCUUUUGGCAGGAUGCCUGCGUACAGUCAGUUCAGCCCGAGCCCGCUGGUGGGGCAGCAGUUCGGCGCUGUGGGAGUUGCAGGAGGUUCUUUAACAUCUUUUGGAACAGACUCUUCAGGCAGUGCUAGCAUGUCCCAAAGCACUGCAGUUGGUUCUGCAUUUACAACAGAUGCAAGAUCACUAAAAUCACAGAUGUCUCAAGGUCGUUCAAGCCCUCAGAUGGACCAUUUGAGAAGGAGCCCCACCAUGGAACAAGCUGUACAAACAGCUUCAGCCCACCUGCCCACUCCAGCACCCGUUGGGAGGAGGAGUCCUGUACAAACCAGACCUUUGGUGUCUGCAAGCCAAAAAUCCCUAGAGAACCAAGAGCACAGACGAGCUGAAGCACACAAGGUUUCAAGAUCAGAAAAUGAACUCAGAAAUGAAAACAAACGACAAAUUGUUCCAGGUGCACCUGCAGCACGGAGAGGCCGUGGAGGUCACAGAGGGGGCCGAGGAAGAUUUGGUAUUAGGAGGGAUGGUCCAAUGAAGUUUGAGAAGGACUUUGACUUUGAAAGUGCAAAUGCACAAUUCAAUAAGGAGGAAAUUGAUAGAGAAUUUCAUAACAAACUUAAAUUAAAAGAAGAUAAACUUGAGAAACCAGAGAAGCCUGUAAAUGGAGAAGACAAAGGUGACUCAGGUGUUGAUACCCAAAACAGCGAAGGGAAUGCCGAUGAGGAAGAUCCACUUGGACCCAAUUGCUACUAUGACAAAACCAAAUCCUUCUUUGAUAACAUUUCCUGUGAUGACAAUAGGGAGCGGCGACCGACCUGGGCCGAGGAGCGGCGGUUGAACGCCGAGACCUUCGGCAUCCCCCUGCGCCCCAACCGCGGCCGCGGCGGCUACAGGGGCCGGGGCGUCAUCGGCUUCCGAGGGGGCAGAGGCCGGGGGGGCGGCAGGGGCGGCUUCCCCGCCUCCCGCGGCUUCCGCGGUGGCUUCCGAGGAGGCCGCGGAGGGAGGGAGUUCGCUGACUUCGAGUAUAGGAAAGACAACAAAGUUGCUGCGUAGUCUACAAGAAAGCUGAAACCAGGUGAACGUCUAGAUCUUCUUGAAUCAGAGAAAUAGUUUUGAUCUCUGCAAAGAAUGAAUUUGCUGUAUACUUGUCACCAGCACUGGGAUUUAACUAUUUAAUUUCAAAGGGGUGUAAUGCAGUUACUUUUGAGAAAUGGCCAUCUUUGAAAACAGUAAGCAUUAAAUAUAUUUGAGACAGAAGGAUAAGUAAUUUCUUAUGUAUAGUUAAUUAUAAGCAGUACUUCGAUGGAGUUUAAGUAUUUUUUCAUCACUGAAAGGAUUUUUCUUAUUACUAAACUGUAUUUGAUAAUUGCUUCAAGUUGUAAGGACAAUGGUAUGCAGAAGGCCGUCGAUACUGUGAGUGUUUUGACCCACCGAAGGUUGUUUUUUGGAAAUCCUGUAAAAUCCCUUUUGAGGUAGUUGUUCUUGUAUCAACUAGGGUGCUGGACAGUAGAAAACUUGCUUUGUCAGUCAGAUAUGUACACACAGUAAAUACUGUUUCUUAGGCAAAGGAAAGUUUUUAUAUAGUUGUAAAAUUCCAUUAUAUCCCAUUGCCAAAGAAACAUUACAAACUUUGUAUAGCUGUAUAAAAAGCAACUAAUUUUUUAAAGAAUAAACAUUUUUAAGUCGGUAAACAUACUGUUAUUGCAGAAAGUUGAUAUGCUGAAGAACACUGAAUUAGUUGGGGUUUUUUUUCUUUAGCAGCUUUUCAAGCUUAAAUGUUUGAUUUUAUAUUUGGACUAUAAUGAAGUUUUGAAAAUGUUCUUCCAUUACACAAAACUGGAUACACGCUUCACUGCUCUUGCAAGAAUUUGAUUUUGUAGUUUCUGGCAUAUCACAGGAUUUGACCAAGUUAAGGAGAUAUUUUCAAAGAAAAGGAGAAAAGGAAUUUUCAUAUGUCAAGAUUUGCAAUUAAUUUUACUUAGUGAGAAAUAUUAACUUUUUUUAAUAAUGGACCAGGCACACGAGUUGGUGAUUCUCCUGGAAUGCCUGGGAUAAAAGUCUGUCUCCAUUUGUCAAUUCUUGAAACGUUAACUUUGUUGUAAUACCUGUAGAAAUGAGCAAUUUAAAGAAUUCUUAGUGUUUGAAGUUGUUUGCAUUUUGAUAGACCGUAGCUUGGAGACAUUGAGACUCUGGUUCUAAGACCACGAAGUCACAAAUGACAGUAUGGACUUUUUGCCACUUCUGGAUAACUAGUUGCAACUUUCUGAUAUGCUGAAAUAGAAACCUGGUCAUUUGUGUCUGUGUAUGUAUAUGAAGGCCACAGGAAUAAAGGGAUCCAAAGAUUACAUCA